AUGGCAGCUCAAAUCAAACCUGGGCCAAGCUCAAGCAACGAUAAAUUCAAUUCAAACCGCAAGCCUGUAUUACUGGCUAAACUUGAAGGAUGCAGUGACAAUGUAAACAAGGCCAUCAUUAUUCCUGAAACCGAUGGUGUCAUUAGUGUUUCAAGCGAUCGAUCUGUUAGAGUAUGGCUAAAAAGAGAUUCAGGUCAAUAUUGGCCAAGUAUAUGCAAUUACUUGCCUUCUCCUGCUGUUGAUUUAUUUUAUCGACCAAUAUCUAGACAAUUAUUUGUUGGACAAGAAAAUGGAACCAUAUCAGAAUAUAUUUUAGAAGAGGAUUUCAAUCGUAUGGAGCCCAUAGGUGAUAUUUUAGCUCAUUAUGGUCGUAUAACUGGAAUGAUCUGGACUGAGGUGUCCAUAGAUGGUACGGUGGAACAAUGGAUUUUAAGUACAUCUCGCGAUAAAAGAUUUCAAUAUCAUAAUGCUAAAAAUGGCAAUCCAAUUGGUCCUCCUUUUGUGUGUGCUGCGUGGUGUACAUCUCUGGAAUAUGAUGCUGAAUCAGCUCAUGCAUUUGUUGGAGAUUACUCUGGAAAUAUUACAAUGCUGAACAUAAAAGCUGAUGGGUUACAAGUUGUAACCACAUUGACUGGUCAUACUGCAUGUAUUGAGAUGCUCACUUGGGAUUCAUCUACAAGGCGUUUGUUCUCAGCUGGACAUGAUCGUUUGAUUAUAAUUUGGGAUAUCGGUGGAGGUCAUGGCACAGCUUAUGAACUUCAUGGUCAUACUAAUCGAGUAACAUCCUUGGCAUUUGUAUCACCUAAAAAUCAAUUAAUAUCUGCAGGUGAAGAUUCUGUCUUAGUAUUUUGGGAUUUAAAUGCAGAAAGAAAAGAAACACCUCCUUGGGCUGAAUCAGAUAACUGCGAAUCUUGUAGCCGACCAUUUUUAUGGAACAUCACUGGAAUAUUUGAACGCAAACAAUUUGGAUCAAGACAACAUCAUUGUAGGGCAUGUGGCCGUGCUCUUUGUGAUAAAUGUAGCCAAGAACAAUCUACCAUACCAUCCAUGGGAUUUGAGCUUCCAGUAAGAGUCUGUAAAUUCUGCAGCAGUAAUAUAGAUCAUACACCGCUUGCAACAUUCCAUGAUACUAAGCAUAGUGUAAUGUCAAUUACAAUGGACUUACAACGAAAAUGUGUCGUGACAGUAGGUCAAGACAGAGUUAUAAAAAUUUGGGAUGUUUCAACACUAAUAUAA